AUGCAGGGCCGCUCUUAUAGGAGCGAAAGGCCCCCUACGGCUUCUAGCACUCGCCCUAGUACUUCUGCUUCUGCUCGUUCUGGAACUACUUCUUCUUCUGCCCGCUCCGGUAUUCGACAACCCACGAAUAGAACUCCGUCGCUUCGAAACCAAGCCCUUCAUCAUCAUGCUGCCGUCGCUGGAAGAAUUCCCAGGAAUGCAGCACCUUCGCCAGCCGACUCGUUAUCAUCUGCUGCCACCUUAGGUGCUAAACGUAAGGAGCGCGAUUACGAGAUAGAAGCGGGCGCAGAGACGAAUAUCGACGUUGUUGUAAGAUGCCGAGGACGUAAUGAUCGAGAGGUGCGAGAGAACAGUGCCGUCGUGGUCUCUACCGAGGGUGUGAAGGGUAAAUUGGUCGAAUUAUCUAUGGGUCCAAGUGCCUUGAGCAAUAAGACCUAUAACUUUGACCGUGUCUUCUCCCAAGCUGCCGAUCAGAGCGUGCUAUAUGAUGAUGUCGUCAAACCCAUACUCGAAGAGAUGCUUGGUGGAUACAAUUGCACUAUAUUCGCUUAUGGUCAAACCGGUACUGGCAAAACAUAUACCAUGUCUGGUGACAUGAACACUACCUUGGGUCUUCUUUCUGACGAUGCCGGAAUCAUCCCGCGAGUCUUACACUCGCUCUUCCACAAAUUAGAUGCAGAGAAUACCGAUAGCUUUGUCAAAUGCUCCUUUAUUGAGCUGUACAACGAGGAACUUCGGGACUUAAUCUCUGUCGAAGAAACUGCUAAACUAAAAAUAUUCGACGACGCGUCUCGAAGAGGUCACGCCACUACAGUUGUCCAGGGCAUGCAAGAGACACACAUCAAAAACGCCGCAGAGGGUAUCAAGCUCUUGCAGGAUGGUAGUCUGAAGCGACAAGUGGCGGCGACCAAAUGCAACGACCUGAGUAGUCGAAGCCAUACCGUGUUUACUAUCACGGCAUGUGUUAAGGAAACCGAAGAUGGUGCCGAGUACGUCAGUGCUGGAAAGUUAAAUCUCGUGGAUCUUGCCGGUAGCGAGAAUAUUCAGCGUUCCGGGGCCGAGAAUAAGAGAGCUGCGGAGGCUGGUUUAAUCAACAAAAGUUUGCUUACUCUCGGGCGCGUUAUCAACGCGCUAGUUGACCACAGUUCACAUAUCCCAUAUCGAGAAUCUAAAUUGACCAGACUACUACAAGACUCUCUAGGUGGCCGUACGAAGACCUGCAUCAUCGCCACCAUCUCACCAGCGAAGAGCAAUCUUGAAGAGACCAUAUCGACUCUCGACUAUGCCUUUAGAGCAAAGAACAUCCGAAAUAAGCCCCAGACCAAUCAGAGAAUCAAUAAAGAAACCCUUCUUAAAGAAUUUACAAAUGAGAUCGAGCGACUACGAAGCGAGUUGAUCGUGACCCGUCAACGAAAUGGCGUCUACUUAUCCAAUGAGAGUUACGAAGGAAUGACUGCUGAGAGCGAAUCUCGUAGAAUUCGAAAUGAGGAGCAGGCCGCCAAAAUUGAAACCCUCGAAUCCAACCUACGAAAUAAAGUCCAGGAACUCCUCUCCUUAACUUCCAGUUUCAUGGGCUUGAAGAAGGACCACGAUGCUACUAAGGCCCAACUUGACGAGACGAAGGGGGUUCUCGAUCAAACCGAGUUAGUGCUGGAGGCGGCCCGCAAGAGUCUUGCCGAAGAAGCCCACCUACGUAAGGCACAUCAGAGGACCGAAGAGCAGAUGCAGAUGAUUGGUGGAGAGCUUAUCACUACAAUUCAUAAGACUGUCAAAGACGUCGGUAGUCUACAUGCCAAGAACAAAAGAAAAUCGGAUCUCCAAUCUUUAAACCGGAUGAAUUGGAGGACAGCUCAAGGCGAGGUAUCGGACGUGACUUCAUUAGUAGAAGGCCGCGUGGAAGAGUUUCGUAAUGAGCAACAGCAACAUAUAUCGAGUAUUUCGGAGCGGAUGCAUUCAUUCGUACAGGGCGAACUACAGAAAUUGACCACCACCCAAUCAUUCCUCGAUCAGAACCUAGAGCUCUUCGCCCAAUCUAAGAGAGAAUUAAUUCAACAGAAGGAAAAUUCUAAAGAAGAGAUGGAUGAAAUACUCGAAGAGAUCAAAGAAGUCCGGGACCACAUCAAAGAAAAGGUGGGCGAGAGCCUUCAGGCUAUUGCGACAGCAGCCGAACGAAUAUCCCAGGAUGUCCUCAGCGAACUGGGGGUUUUCCAUAAUCAGCUGCACACAUCAUAUUCUUCGCUUGGUAAGGACUUCAAGUCCAUAUUUGAAGAGUUGUUAAAACACAUCACUUCCCAAAAGAAAGAGUCGGACAAUCUCCGGGAGCAACUUCACCAGGCGAGCAAUACUAUCAUCCAAACGAACACUGCUAUCUCGACACAGCUGCAAAAAGUCGUCAACGAAGAGCGGAGACAAGCGGCUGAGGAACGACAGAAUCUCCUAGCGCAGAUCACAAGCCUCAUCAAUUCCCAAGCUGAAAUUCAGGAAUCGCGUCUGGCAAACAAGGCUGUUUCUAUACAGCAGAGUGUGCAAGGCAAUAGUACUGCGCUAGAAAGCAGCAUGGCGCAAUAUUCGCAGGGGAUGGAUAAUUGGAACGAGAAAGAAACCAAACUUCUUGAUGAAGUUGCCAAUUCUCGGGAAACCUUGAAAACUAAGCUCAAGGAUGAUUGGACAAUUGCAAACAUACAUAGCACUUCAAUACAGGACACAACCAAGUCAGUACAUGCCGAGACAGUGCGAGUUGUCGACGAACAAAUGAAGGAUCUUCAUGAGCAGAUGACGUCCCUUGACGACUUCGUUUCUCGUGCUCGUUCGCAAAAUGCACUACAUCACGACGAUCACGCGGACUCGGUGGAGAGCUUAUCUAGUACCGUCAAAAGUUCAUACGGAAAUAUCGCCAACCAUUUCAAGAGUACCUAUUCUAGGGUCCAAACCCUUGGCUCGGAGAUGGAGAUUGAUGUUAUCAAUGCGCAAAACUCCAUGGAACCCCUUUCGGAAAGUCUUUGCCAGCCUCUGUCUGAUCUUCGGGAAGAUAUAAACAGUACAGUUCUCCAAGAAUACCAACCGACUGGGGAUACACCCCGGAAGACGACUUAUGAAUACCCUUCAGAGCUUCCAUAUACUAGGCCGCACGAAGCACUACUUAGAGAGUUAAAUGGCGAGCCGUCACCCAGUAAAGCUAAAGUCUUUUCCGACUCUGAUCCGAGUUUGUCAGAAAACAGAUCUCCAUCUAGACCUUUCUCGUCAGAUACCGCGUUCCCACUGUCGGAACGCGAUCAGAACCCUUUAUCAAUGAGUUUACGAGAGGUGCACCCAAACCUUAAUCUUAACGCGACAGGCGCGAUCAGUCUUGAUGCCCGCGCCAACGCCACAGUCCAUAGGUUCGGAGCUAACGUCGGCCCAGGGGUAAUGGAUACGGUCGCGAACACAGACGGAGAUUUCACGAUGCCCGUAUUUAAGAAGAGCAGGACGACACGAUCAUCAAAAGUGAGUAAGCAGUCGAUGCCUGCCGAAGGGCGCGAAAAUAUACCCCUACUCUCAUCGGUGGUCCCUGGAGGUGGUAGAGAGAUAUUCGCGCAAAGUAUCUCAAGAAGGAAGAGCCCAAGGCUGAACUAG